GUAAAACUAAGAUUGGAAAACCAAAAGAUAACUGUAUCAAUACAAGGUGAAAUUGUUAAUUUCUUUAAUCAGAAACGAAUAUGAAGGCAUUAGGACAACACUCGUGAUAAGAUACAUAUAAAGGAGCAACGAAUACAUUGUAGAGAGACAGUUUACCAAUUCUAGGAUGUGAUGGCUAGUACACGAGAGACAACUGAGAUAGGUGCUAAAGCCCAACGAAAACUUUUAGAAUAUAAGAAUUGCGGUGGAUUACUCAUACUAGAAGAAAAGAAAUAUUUUUUCCAAAGUAAAAAAUGGGUUCAAAGAUAUUUCAUCAUUUCAAAAGGAGCAAAAUCUUAUUGCACAUGGAAUUUUUACUGCUUUGCGGAUCAAUUCGCGAACAAAGCUGAAUGGACAUAUUCUAUGUUAGAAAUGGAAAGUGUCAGAAUAUAUGAUAUCGAAAGCGACGAUGUUAUUGCAUUCAGAAUUGUAUUUUUGGAUCCAACAAUACCGAAUCUAAUUCUGGGAUGCGACACAAAUGAAAAUAGGGAGAUAUGGAUGAAUCACAUAAAUGAAGCUAUCGAGGAAGCUCAUUCAUAUUCUGCAGACAGUGGUUUUGCAAGUGGAGGCUCUGUGGCGAGCUUGCGUACAUCAAGGGAUUCUAAAUACUCUAAAAGAGAAAGUCAUAAUAAAUAUGACACAAUAGAAGAUGCAGAUAUUGACAACAUACCAGAAGCGUGUGAAAAUCGUGCUCAUCACCAGGAAACAAAACACAGUACAGACGGUGGGAUUGCAGGUUCUGUUAAACAAAGCAAAAACAGACAACAAAGGAAUUUAUACAAUAACUACGAAAAUGUCGGGAUAGAUAACACUUGUAAUUUUGAAGAAACCUCGGCCAAAUUUCCUUUUUCGGUGGAAGCAACUAAUGAGUCGCAGGUGGCGUUGCGUGCUCCUGCGGACAAAUCCUCUAUGCAAGAAGCGAUAAAUAAACGGAAAGGUGUUGUUGUCAACCCGAACAGUUUAACUGGUGAUACAGGUGUGGUAGAUUUGUCUAUGCCGGCAAGCCUAGGAAGAUCUGAGUCAUUUGUUUCAGUAGAAACUGCAUUUGAACCGUCACUUUCCCAAGAAACAAUGUCCAGUUUACAUGUAACAGCUGGUUCAAGUCAUAUCAGCAGUGAUCGAAAUACGAAUGCAGAAGGCUAUCAGAACAGAACAGUUUAUAACCAGAGGAAUAGCUCUAGCAGUAGUGGCAGUGAUAGCUCAUUUGAAAAGCCUGUGUGUUUCAGUGAGGAUUUUAAACCACGGGAUUAUUUUUGCGAAGAUGGGCAAGAUCCUAAUGAAAUAAUGAAUGGCAUGUCUGUAGGUACUUUUUUCAUUCAGGGAAAAAAUAAAAAAAUGAAGCUGCACGUCAUGACCCCGAUUGGUGCCAAAUGCUUCAAACUGUUUGAGCAGAAUGGAAAAGUAUCGCUAUAUAGAGACUUCAGCAUUUCCCCAGAUUCCGUUUUCGCUUCCUUGGGCAGUUUUCUAAAGCAUUACAGCGUCCAUUGUUUACCUAAAGAUGAGUACAAAGUCAGACUUGAGAGAGGAUAUAAGAACUUUAUGUAAGGUACCGUGAAAUGGUACGAAACAUGAUGUUAUCAUUUUCGACUGAGCAAAAUCCGAAAAUUAGUAAAGAAAGAAUAUAUAAUAAUGGUGAUUUUUGACAAGAGAACUUUGAAAUCUGAAACCGGCAAAGCCUAGGACAAAUUGAACCUCAAGACAAAAUGUUUAUUAUGAUAUAAAUAGGUGAACAUUUUGCGCUAGAAGAUGAAAUCUUGCCCUCGUUGUUGAAAUAACUUCUACGUUGACAAGUUUUUCUCGUUAAAACAUAUUUCACCCCAUGUAUGAAUACAUUAUGCAUCACAAAUAAUUGUAUAUAUUUUAGAAUCUCAAUUCUUAUUUUAUUGCGUAUAGGAUGACAUUUUGUACCACAUGUCUCAUUAUAAGAAGUACAGGUAUCACAGAUAAGUUUUAUUUAUAUAAACUCUUUUUUUUUAUUUGAAUUUGUACAGGAUGCUGUUUUAAAUAGAGUUGAAACCCUAUCUUGUCUUAACUGCCUUUCUGUAAAUAAACCUAUUUUGGAUCUACUGACACUAAACGGAGAAAUGGCCAUCGAAAUUUGUAUGUUUUUUUACAUUAACGGCGAUGUUUCUUGAGAAGUCUGUAUGGAAUUUACACACAUGCACUAUUUCUCUGACAAGUUUGAUAAUUGGCAUAAUUGUUGUUAUGGCCCUUGAUAUAGUGGAACUUUUAUCUAUAUAUUUCACAGCUGACGUAAGAGUAACAUUUUUUAGCAGUUUUCAUUAAACUUUUAUAGUAUUUACGGAUAUGCGAUCUAAGACCAUCUAAUAACCCGGAAGGGUAGAAUCACAAAUAUGUUGAUUUCAACCAAAUAUACCAUAAAAAUGACUAAACAGAUAAAGGACAUCAUUUCUAAAAUGUGUAGAAUUCUUAUCCACGCGGAGGUUUCGUCCUAUUUUGAUUCAUUUUCCUAAACAGGAAGAAAACAAGGUUAUGUACUGCAAAUGACCGAAUAGUUAAAUGACGCCUCAGCUACUCUCUUUUGUGCAAUGUUGUG